CAUCCGUUAAACUUUCAAAUCGUGUGGUAUACGAAGUCGAGGCGAAGGUUUUCGAAAAUUCGCAGACGAUUUUUCGUCGUGUUCGGUGAAUAUAUAAUCAGUGUUCAAAAUCUAGAAGAAUACCGUCACUGAGCAACAAUGUCAAACAAGAUCCAUUAUUCGGAUAAAUAUUACGACGAUAAAUACGAGUAUAGGCAUGUAGUUUUGCCAAAAGAGUUGGUGAAGUUUGUGCCAAGUACCCAUCUACUCUCAGAACAAGAAUGGAGAGCCAUCGGUGUCCAACAGAGCCAAGGAUGGGUACAUUAUAUGAUUCAUAAACCAGAGCCACACAUUUUGCUCUUUAAGAGAAAAAUAACGACACCGGUACCGACACCAGAGAAUUAAGUUUGCCAUACCUAUACCAAUUUGUAAAUAAUAUUUCAGAUCAUUGUUAAUAUUCAUAGAAAAGCUUAACUAUCAUGGCAAACUAUUGCAUCAACUUUGAAAAUUUAAUUGGUAUCGAAUUACUAAAACAGCUACUACAUCCAUUUGAAUUUGGUGAAUCUUCUAAAUUUAAAAGAUACAAUAACAAGUAUGGUUUUUUUAAAAUUCUUCGGUACAACAUUGAUAUAGCCUUCUAUUUUCAUUACUCCUAAGUCAUUCUUAAAAACAAAGUAUUCUGUAAAUAUGUCUAUAGGGUGUUUUAGUUAUUAAUCGCAGGUUACAUAGUUCUUAAUUUUGGAAUUACCACAACAACUUGGUAUUUUCAUUCAGUGUAACAGAAGUUGGAAACAUUCUAGUUCAUUCUUUCUCAGAGAAUCAUAAUUCUGCAGCAGAAUUAACAGUUCUGUUCAGAAUUUAUUGAGUCAGGGACAUCCUGAUCUUGUGAUUGCAGUGCCUUGCACGUAUGUGCUAAUUUUUUUAUUUACUGUUAAGUUAUACUUUAAGGUUUUCCACAUGAAUAAUCAUUCUUUAUGUUAAAUAAGAAUGAUGUAUUGAAACAUUUGUAAGACUUUUAAGUUUUAAAUUCGUGAACAAUGUGGACAUUGAUUUGAGAUUCCAUUACUACUAGUUAAGAAUGAAAUUGAGCAUUUAUUUUGUGUACCUUGCCAUAUAAUGUGUUACUUUAAUCAGGAUUACAUCGUCCAUCGAAUUUUCUUUGAGCGUAAUUACAUUCAGACCUAGCUCUCUAUGUUUUUUUUUCAACUGCUAUAGUUUAGUAUUACUUGACUUCGAUUUACUUUUAUAAAACUAAACUAUAAGUAUUGUCAAUUUUUCAAUAAACGUUUGUAAGUAACA